AAUAUUACGGAAAUAUUAUCCCACACAGCAGGAAUGACCCAAAUACAUCAUAGGGAUAUCUUGAAGAUAUCACAAAUAUAUCCUAAAUAUAUCUUUAGGAUAUCUCUAUAUAUAUUGGACACCUCUUUAGAGUAUCCCUGAUAAAUUUUGGACACCUCUGCUGCGUUAGAUAUAUAUUACGUGCUAUGUGGAUGAAUUCUUUUUCAAUUCUCUGUGUUAUCUGGAAAAUGAUUUAACUGUUGUCUUACCGAGAGAUUGAAAAAACCGAGCGCUAAUCUGACACAGGCUCCGUGCUUUUGUUUACGUCUCUCGUCCGCCUGAUUGACUGUACGCUGGGCGGUGCAGCCGCCGAGCGGGUAUAAUCACAGGACAGCGGAGAGAUCGUGCAGCAACUUCAGGGCGCGCGAUGUUUUCAAACAUGACAGACGCGUGACGGUUAACGGUUCACGGUUGCGACAUCUGUGGCGCUCGCUCGGCCGCCGCGUAUCGGUUCGAUUGCAUAUCGCGCGCGAUUCCGUCAGUGCGCGACGGUGAGAGAGCCAAUCGGGCUGAUAGUUCGGCGGGUCACGUGACUCGCGGCGCACGCAAGCUCGUAUUCGGAUAGUGAUCAACGGUUCGUGGUGCGCGCGAUCGCGAUGUCGUUACGUGGACGAUUAAAAGGAGCCGACGCGUGUUGCCUGCCGUAAUACUGACCGAUCCGCCGCGUCCUGUGGCCGUUUCCGCAUCGUGCACGUUACUGCGUGCGCCUAUCACGGGCGCGGGAUUCUCUCGCGGGGCGCACGACGAGAAGUGGUGGCUAGUCGGCUCGAUUUUCAAGUGGCUGACGAGAAAACGAAUCGAGGAAGCCGCGUCGUCACGGUGACAAUCGCCUGGCGAACGAUCGUCGCGUAUGGCGUACGCGAGAUCUUUAUCGUGGAAGUGAUCGCGGCGACAGCGUGUGUGUUCGCGAGUGACAAUAAACGUGUGCCAAUUGGUCGUCGGCGUCGGUUUAUAUAUGUCGCGCGAAAUCGUCGACGACCGUAAGAGGAGCUCGCGUGUGACCUUUCAAACACGGGAGAAGCCGCCGAGGAAGGACAAUGACGCCCGACGAGGAUAUCCGAGAAUUCACCGUGGAGAUGGCGACAACGCAAUGGUGUCGUCUGAUAGGACUCGAAGCGGGAUGUCCGUGGGUUCGGGCGGGCGGGCACCGUUUAAUAAACGGACGACGCAGAAUACUCUGCCGCUCACGAAGAAGGCCAGCGGAAAUCAGGCGAAGCCGAACCCAUCAACGAGGCCAGCACCGAGUAGGAAAAGGGACACGGUCGCUUCACUCUUCAGCCCGAGGAGACCAGCGGCGAGCAGAAAAGUCGAGUGCGCCGACGUCCGCGGCAAGACGAAGCCGGGGGAUCAGCUAAAAGGGCAACCAAGCCAGCAGCAGCAGCAGCAGCAGUCGACGCAGCAGCAUCAGCCGACAUCGCUGCGGCAGGCGCCGAGCGCCUCCUCCCUGGAGGCGAAGAGCGACGUCGCGUCGACUGGAAACAACUGGGCCGGCUCCCUAGGCGGCAAGGAGCCGGCCAGGCCCAACAACACCGCCAAGGCGCCGGUGGUCGUCCAUCAGUCCAAGGGCGGUUCCGCCAAGGCCAGCAGGAUGCAGGAGCUGGAGCGCGAGAUCGAGACCCUGCGUAAGGAUCGCGCGCGUCUCGAGGCGAGCCUACGCGACGCGGCCUGCGACGCGCAGAUGUUGCGCGACCUGCGCGCCGAGGUCGCCGCUCUCAAGGAACAGCACAGCCUGGAGCUAGAGCGUCUCACAGAAGAGAAUGAAGCUCUUCGUGCUCGCCUACGAGAUGUGGCACAUUCUCCACUGUCAGAUUCGGAGAAGCAGCAGCUGCUGUUAGACGCCUCCAGGCUCCACAAUUCUGCACCAGCCUCCAUUGCUAUCCCCCAGGACGAUGGGUCUGGAAACAGCACCAGCACGCCUCAGGAUGGUGCUCAGUGCACCACACCAGACUGGGACAAGCAUUCCUCCAGCUCUGUAUCAGAGGUUUCAGUUGCGUGCUUGCAGGAUAGAAUUUUACAAAUGGAGGAAACGCAUUACUCCACGAAUGAAGAGUUGCAGGCAACUAUUCAGGAAUUAAGUGAUCUACAGGCACAACUGACAGAGUUGCAAGCUGAGAAUGAAAAAUUAACCGAAGAAAAGGGUGUCCUUCUGGAGUCACUAUGUCGCCAGACGGAGAAACUAGAAAACUCUCGCUCCAAAGUUGAUACUCUGCGGGAGCUGCUUUUAAGAGAGGAGCAACCACAGGAAGCAUCCAAGGGUUACAACACAGAAAGGGAACAAAAGUUGGUGGAUCUUUUGAAAAGUGCACAGGAGGAACGCGAAGCUCUGCUUCAGAAGCAAGAAGAGCUGACUAGUGAACUGAAAAGUCUGAGGGUGACAGCUGACACGAGCGCCGCGGAGACCGAGCGUCUGAAGAAAUGUGUAGAGGCACUAGAGUCGACGGUGGACACGGUGAACAUCGAACGGAAACAGCUGGACUUGGAGUUGGCGGAGGCUAGACAGGAGAGUGCGAAUCGCGGCAUAGAGAUCAGCAGGCUGGCGACCUUGCUGGAGAAUGCGCGAGCGAAAAUCGAAGAGCUUGAACAGUCGAGGCAGCUGGAAAACAAAAGCGAAGCGGACGAAUUGCUGGAUGCGGCCAGACGGGAGAAGGAUACACUGGAAACGCAGGCGGCAGCGUUGCAGGAACAGUUGGCACGCUCGCAUUGUGACCAUGAUCGGCUGAGAGAUCAGUACUCACAACUUCAGGAAGAAUAUAAGGUAGCGCGGAAUAACGCAAAGUCCGCGAUAGACGACUUGGAGUACAGACUGAAUCAGCUGAAGGACGAACGACUGUCUGUGAGCACGGAGCUCCAGCUUGUCCGAGACUCCUUGGCGGAGUUGCAGGCGCAGUGUCAGCGGCACUUGGAAGACAAGAGAGAGCUGAAAACCGCACUGAGCGAGGCGCAGACGCACCAAUACGAUCUGGAUCGCGCACUAGCCGACGAACGCAAGCUGAGGCGCGAUGAGAUCACGGAAUGGGAGCAGUUCCAGACCGAUCUUCUAAUGACCGUGCGAGUAGCCAACGAUUUCAAGACCGAGGCGCAGAGCGAACUGGAGCGCGUUGUCAUGGAGAACAAGGCGCAGAGAGACAAGCUGAGAGCACUGGAGGCGCAGCUCGAUAAGCUGAAUAAAGAUAGCACUGCACUGAGUUGCUGCAAGGUACCACUCGAUACUUUUAACGGAAAUAAGCGGAAAGCUACGAAUACCAUGCUAAAGCGUGGUCGGACGGUACUGAAGAGACGUUACGACCCGAAAAAGCACUCGUUACUGCAUGACUUGGUCAGAGCGAACACGAUAACGACGACGACGAUAACGACAAACGGCCCAGACUUGCACAGGACAAAAUCCCCGGACGUCGGUAUCUUUCCUCCGACUCAAAACGGAGAUUUAUCGUCGCCAGUUAAUAACGCGAAUGACGUACCGACGCUCAAGGAAGUGAUCAAGUUGGAGGACAAACUAAUCUCCGGCGAGGAGAUCGAGAUUUAUCCCAAUUUUCACAUCGAUAAUCGACGAAGUACAGAGUACGUCCCGAAGAACGCGGACACGCAUUUGGCGAGUACGAACUCGAUGCAACGGAAGAAUCCCAAGAACGAAUCUUUCAAGUCUUGUUUAAAGGUCGACAAAUCUGCGUGUUCUUCAAACGAUAAAUCUCCAAUAACGAUCGAGGACUAUCCAAAGCUUUACAUCACCGUCGCGAACACAUCGGAUCAAAACACGAUGGCCAAGAACAUGUUGCUGAAGAGCAUUAGUGGUAUUCAGAGCUCUGAUGGGGACUCGUACGGUAUCAACAUCUCGAACAGCCGCUUCUUCGUCCCGAAGAAUUACAUCUUCUCCGGCGUGGAGUGUUCAAUGGACGACCUGAAGUUCGAGGUCGACCCGGAGAUGGGCAAGUUGUUGCAGAGAAGUUACAGCAAUCCACAGAUUAAUACAGGUUCGCCUGGUCUGAUCGACGUCGAAACGGAUCGCACGUCUUUGAACGCUGCAACGGCGAUGAGAGGAAUGGAAACUCUGUUCGAUAAGACGUCAAUUGAUUCGAUAAGGCAACGCGAAGACCCUAAGUGCCUGAGGGCGCACUCGGAUACGUCCCUUGCGGAUCUGAAGUCGAGAGAGAGCGAGAAAGCCGAGCGAAAGCAGAGGCUGUUCUUGAAGAAGCGCGAUUCGAAACCGAGUCGCAAGAUCAUCGACUCUCUCUUGGACGAAAAAACUCAUAGAUCUAAAACGUCUGUGAUGUCGCAAGCAAGUAGAAGCAAUCGUGCCGAAUCGUCAAAUGGACUUCACGAUCGUGACAGUGUUCCAAAAAGCAAAAAAGAAUCCAGGGGGACGAAAUACACGACGCGUAAACUCCUUUCUACAACAGAGAAACCUCACGAUUUAAAGAUCGAAACAGCGGAAGAGAAAAUACCCAGUCAGUUAUGGACACCCAAGCACGCGAUUAUCGACGAUUGUGAAAUCGUGAAGAAAAUAUCUACGGCCGAUACAACUAUAAUCGACGACAAAAAGAGUCUCGGUACACUGGCAGAGUCGGAAAAAGUUAGCUUGCCUGAUGAGAACAUUGAGUCCGAUAUCAACUCACCAAUGUUUGGCAAAAACAUGGAUACUGCACUUGAUGAAGUGAGCACUUCUCACGAUUGUCCGGAUGCUCUUUUAACGAGGCAAAAUCAGGAGAAACGAGGCGGAUCUUCAACGUGUAAUGAACAGCAACAGAAAUUCAAAUACUCGAAUUUGAACGAGACGAAUCGGGCGAGUCGCAUAAAGUUUCUGCAAGAUAGUUUACAGACCGGUGUGAGUGAGUACGACAAACCUACCUACAGUUUUCAUAUCGAGAAAGUGAAUCCUUUUGGGAAUAAGCUCAGUGUGGCAAAUGAAGAAACCAAGGCAUCGCGGAGUACCGUAAAUCUCCCAGGAUUAGUCGGUAAGGAUCAAGAUUCGCCGUUCGGACGUACGUCAUCCUUGAGAGAAAAGUAUGAGACAAUCGUGGAGGAUGUGGAAUUGAGGACGGCGCCGGGACGGCGCUUGCGUGUGCCCAUAUCUUGCGACCCUAACCAGAAAACCGUGAUACAACAACCACCACCGCCGCGACCGGCCAGUACGCCUACGGAGACCCAGCAGUCCGUGCUGACGAGCGUGCAGCAGGAGAUGGCUGCCCGCAGGAAGGCCAACAUUUCGCGGCAGGAUUCGAGGCUUUCCGUGAAAUGUUUGAUUGAGAGCAUCGAAAACGCCACGAAACAAGCUAAAGCUGGACCUGGAAGUCGUAGCAGCUCUACGUCAUCCUUAAAUUCAAUCGGGACCAAUGAUAUCAUGACCCUGAAGGCGCCUCUCAGAGAUCAACAACAGAUCAAUAACCUAAUCUGCACGGCAAAUUCGACGAAUAACAAUAAAACGCAGUCCACAAUUGCGAGGAAAUCGGCAUCAGAAACGAAAUCAACGCCAGUAGUUCUGAGUCCGGGCGAACUGUUGGACUCGGCCGCGUUGAACGCCAAGGCGAUCGACUUCGUUCGUCGGAACAGCGUCACUGAUCUCUCGGAACGCAAAGAUCCAUUGUGCGGAUUAGUUAAGAACGGAGGCUCUAAGCGGAACGCGUUACUCAAGUGGUGUCAGAAUAAGACGAUAGGUUACCGGAAUAUCGAUAUAACUAAUUUCAGCAGUUCGUGGAACGAUGGCUUAGCACUGUGUGCGAUCUUGCACUCUUAUCUGCCACGUAAUGUGCCGUACGACACAUUGACGCCGGUCGAAAAGCGACGGAAUUUCUCGAUCGCCUUCUCCGCUGCCGAGAGCGUCGGCAUACCGACAACUCUGAACAUAGGCGAGAUGUGUCAGCUUGAGCGACCUGAUUGGCAACAAGUUAUGACGUACGUGACCAGCAUUUACAAACACUUUGAGACGUAACUGAUGACAUCGUUUCAGCAUCGCCUAGUGUGUCAAGCACGUCCUACCUAUAAUAUUAUCCAUUGAAUGGAAUCGCGAGCGAAGGAAGAACAACAACAUCUAGUCAACUAAAUUUGAUAAGACGAUAAAGAGGAAAAACGAAAGAGAGGAAGAAAUAUACGCAGCAGAAACGUCCGGAGAUUUCUCGGGGAUCGCUGAAUCCGCACUGCCUACUAUAUACUAAUCGUACUGCCUUGUAUACGCGCUGUAUAUAUAUAUCAUAAAAAUCUACGGCCGCUGGGGUAUAUACAGAAUGAGAAAGACAGAACUGGAUGGAAGACUAAACACCAAAUGGAAUUGCUGUUACUAUGAGACUGAAAACUUACAUACAUACAUAUAAUACAUAUAUAUACAAAUAUAUAUACAUAUAUAUACAUAUACAUAUAUAUAUAUAUAUAUGUAUAUAGAUACAUACAUCGCGCGCGCUUUAUAGCAAUACAAGCGGUGAAUCUUUGAAUGAAUUUCGGGAGAGCAGGAUUUUUCCGUGUUUCGCGAUAAACCUGAGAAAGGAAAUGGAUAAUAAACUGCAAGCUUUGCGAAUAGUUUUCACGCAGAACGAGAAUAGCAUUUGUGAGAAGCGACACACUCAAAUACACACGCAUACACACACAAACACACACACACACAUACGUACACACCACCGCCUCUGCAUCGUAGCAUAUUCACGUUGCACGUUUUGCAAAGAAUCGAGUAUUUGCGUUCCUCGUACAGUGAGUAUUUUUGUACGUGUAUUAUUUUUCGAGAAACUUUUUUGUAAAGUUCGCAAAAAGAGAGUGUACAGAACGAAGCGCCUUAUAAUUUAAGAUAUCUAAUUUAUUGCAAUUAGUCGUAUUUUAGCCGCUCUUAUCGAACGAAGAGGACCCUUGGAAAGAGGGAGGAAGAAAGGAGAAUAUCAUUUUUGCGUUUCAUACUUUGUACGCCGAUAAGGGAAGGAAGGAGGAAAUUUUCGUCGCGCGAAGGUUAAGUUCUCUGUGAUAUAGCGAGAUAGCCCCGAAACAGAGAUACAGAUAUUGUCGUUAUCGCUAAUUACUAUAAUUAUACUCUAUUACCGCUAUAAUAUAUUAUCGUCCUCAUCGUCAUUGUUGUACUAUCGUAUAGACAACACGGACAAGCUGUCUGAUGUAAAACAAAUAAACUUGCCUAACGGAUAUAUCAGAUCCCGUUAACUCUGAUUAAUUCUAUCGCGCUAUAUCGGACAGUUAUUCGACACGUUGACUGUCAUGGUAGUAGUCAGCAGCGCUAUAAUAUCACCGCGUCUCAUUAAUCUACUCAUGUAAAAUUUAGCUAAUUGUAUAUAACAAAUUAAAUAGGUAAUGAAACAAA